AUGUCGGCCUCCCCCGCUGAGGAAGGCCACCGGGCUGGUACGCCGGGAGAUGAAGCUGACAAAGGAGAGCGAGCCGAUGGCCGACUUGUAACUGGCGGCCGGAGCGAAGACAUGGAGACGUCUAGAGAGAAUGUAUCUCAGCUUGCAGCCAGCAUGAUCGUCGAUGUGCUUCCGGAAGCAAACUUCUACGAUACUGAUAUAGUCGCAUCUUUCACAUUAACGGCUCAGGAAGUGCAAGUGGCACACGCGCUUGUCGAGGCGAACGACCAGCUUCUUCCAGCUUUCACUCUCGAGAAGUUGGAACGCGACGCUGUGAGGAACUGGGACGUCUUCUACAAGCACAACCAAGGCAACUUUUUCAAGGACCGGCAGUGGAUAAAAAAGGAAUUUCCGGAGUUUGCAUCCUAUGCCGCCGGGCAAGGGAUCCAGAACGGACAUGCGGGAGGUGAAACAGAUGCGCCCCUGCUGGUUGACGUUGGUUGCGGCGUUGGCAAUGCACUUGUGCCCAUUCUCGAGAGUUUUCCCCACCUACACGCUGUUGCGUUUGACUGCUCGAAACGCGCCGUAAAGCUUUUGCAGGACCGCUGGAGGGAACGUGUGGCUUCUCUUCCCCGCCUGGGGACGCGUAGUGGCCACGACUGUGCUGCGAGUUCGUCGUCAAGCUCGCGUGCUUCCUCUUCGUCUGAGCCUGCACUGCCCUACACUUGUAUACUGGGUCCUGAGUCGCGUGUUUCCUCUCUGUCGCGUGUAGCCAGUAACCCUCUGUUGGAUGAGUCCUGGUUGGAAUCGUCUGCGCUCCCCGAUGGUCGCUUUUCUAAUGGGGGAGGAGAUGAACGGACCAGUAACUCGGGAGCCGCUGAUAAUGCGACAAGGUCAAAAAAAAUGUCAGAAAACGAUGGGACAGCAAACUCCGAACAAGGGGGAUAUAUCAAAACUGAACAAGACGUCGGCGAUGGAGAAGCAGAAAGCGAAGAGGACUGGCAAAGGAGAAAGGAGGGCGAACUCAAACGGUUGCGGGCAAUCAUCCCUUUCGACAUCACUCAGAGUGAUGUGCCAUCGUCUCUGGCCCCUCCCGCGUGCGCCGAUUACGUUCUUCUGCUCUUUGUCCUAUCAGCCCUUCAUCCACGGCACCACGCGGCAGUAGCCACUCGGGUUGCGUCUCUCUUGAAGCCGGGUGGAAUUCUCUUCUUUAGAGACUACGGUCGCUACGAUCUCGCUCAGUUACGGUUUGCCAAACGUGGCAAAGCCAAAAUCGCAGACAAUGCGUACGCAAGACACGACGGAACACUCGCCUGUUAUUUCCUGACUGAUGAACUGCGGGAUCUGUUCUGUCGUCACGCGGGCCUUGUGGAGGUCGAAAACAGGUAUUGUCUCCGGGAGUUCACGAAUAGGAAGACUGAAGUCAAGAUGCGUCGGAUAUGGAUUCAAGCGAAAUUCCAACGCCCUGUUGACUUGUAG